AGUAGAUUAUUUGUUUUGAUUAUGUCUAUUAUCAACUAAAUUCUUAUGAGUGUUUACCAUUUCCCAAAAAUUGUAGUACCUUUGUUCUGAUAUUUUUAAAGAUUCUUUCUUCAUAUAUUUAUAAGAAUUCAUCUCAAUUAAUUUUACAAUCAGAUUUUGUAUAAGUGAAUAACAUAUCCCUAUUGUUAGUUGUAACUUAGUUACUCUUCUAUUAAAAACUUGGAUACAUGAUUGGUUUUACAAAUGAAUCCAAUUCAUUCUUCUAAUGGAAGAAAACUCAGCAAAUGGAACGAAUUAUAUUUCAUUGCAGCCAUUCAUUCACCAAGUCGGUGGUCACUCCUCCCUCCUCUGUCUUGAUGAAGAGACAAUCUGUAAACCUGUUAUUGAUCGUGAACAACUUUUCUACGAAACUAUACCAGAAAGUCUCAAGUCAUUUGUGCCCGUGUAUUAUGGCAUCGUUAAAGUCCGCCUGAUUCAAGAUGGAGAUUACAUAACCCUCUCUGCAACAACUCCUGCAAAUUACAAGCUUAAACCCUCCGAAAAUUUAAAACAGCUCAGAGUUCGACGCAAUGGCAGUAUAGAGGUAGACAGCUUGUCAGAGGAAAUGGUGUUCGAUGCUUCUGAUGUUUCGGCUUCACUCAACCCGUGGGUGCUCAAAUGUCACAAAGAGUAUAUUACACAUCUCACUUCUCGCAUGGAGGACAUGCAAGGACCUCUUAAAUUUAUUGUUUUGGAGAAUCUAACAUGGAGGUUUAGGCUCCCUUGUAUCUUGGACUUGAAAAUGGGUACAAGACAAUAUGGGGAUAAUGACACGCUAGAGAAAAGACAAAGUAAGAUGGUGAAAGUAAUUUCGACGACGUCGGCAAAGCUAGGGGUCAGGAUAGCUGGAAUGCAGGUUUAUCAGGCAUCUUCUGGCAGAUUUCUUUGUCGCAACAAACUGUAUGGUCGGACAUUGACCACUGCCGGGUUUCAAAAUGCUGUGCGCAACUUCCUCCACGACGGCACGCGGCUACGCACGGACGCGCUACCUCCGCUGAUUCGACGGCUAGAGGAGCUACGCAAUGUUUUGACCGGCCUAGACUCGUUGAGGCUCUACACUACGUCACUACUACUGCUGUACGAGGGACAUCGCAGUAUCAACAGUAACGAGGUGGCAGGGCCGGGCCAGCAGACGACGGAGCAGAGCGGGACCGAGACCCGAGCGACAAGAGCCAGCAGUGAGGACAGACUACUCUCUCCCCCCUCACCAGACUUCAGGUGUCGCAGCGUCAGCUGCAACCCUCGUGAUCGCAAACCUUUCAGACCUGUGGGAGUUGUGGGGGAAGAACCAUUGACUGAUGUAAGAAUUAUAGACUUCGCUCACUCUACGCACGCCACCAUGGAUGACAAGGUGAUUUAUUCUGGUCCGGACAACGGUUUUCUGCUUGGACUCAACAACAUGAUUCAGCUUCUCAAGUCAAUACUAGCCGACCCUCCCAGUAACUAGCUAGAUCCACACAGUUCCUCAUAAAAUCUUUAAGGGUUUACAGUCAAUAGUGGUAGAAAAACGACUGAUUGUUUAUACAGAAUUUAAUAAAUAGCUCGCAAUAGUGUAGAAAUCUUUCUAUGUUGGUAUUUAACAAUAUGUAUAUUAACGGGUCAUUAUGUUUAUGUCCUCGUUGACGCUAAGGUCAAUUUGACAUCGAAAAGUGACGUAUACUUCUUGCAAUUUAGUUUCUCUCGCUUGUGUUAAUUUUAAUAUGUGAUUGCAGAAUUUAAUAUUUAAAAAAUCAGAGUCUUUUCUAGUCCUCUAUUUUGUUAGGGCAUGAUAAACUACAAGUCUUAAAUCAUCCGCAGAUUUUGAUGCAAAUUUAAAGGUAUUUUUUUAUAAUGUUUUGAUUCUAAAAACAAGUCUUGUUAGAUUUAAAGAGUCUUAUUAAUGAAAAUCUACUGCAAAUGUUUAUCUCUAUCACAUACCAGACUAGCCUAAUUUUCCGAGUCUCCCAAGUGAGGCUACAUUUUGAAAAUCUUGUAUAUACCACAUACCAAUUAUCCAUAUUUUAUUCUUAAAUCACCCUUGAUUAUCUUAUAAUCACCUUAAUGAAUGUAUUCUUAAUAUUAUAUUAUUGUUUUCAACAGACUUAAUAGGCACUAGUCUAAUUUAGUCAUUACCUACUGUAAGCAGUAGGUAAUACAGUAAAAUCUCACUAACUCGACAGUCUGUGUAUCUCGAUAGCCAACAGCUGACAGGGUGCAACAAAAAAAGCAAUAUUUUCAGAAAAUUUAGUUUUAAUUGUUGCAAUAUUUGACAUUUUUUAAGAUUAUUUAUUCAGUAUGUGAAAAUACUCAUGUAAGUAAUAAAUGUAUUUGUAAAAAUUAAUCUUUUAUGUAUUAAAUUAUUAAAACCCAUUAAAACUUUCAAUGUUCUGGAUUACUCGACGAUCCCCAAACUCGACGAUCUCUGGGUCCACAAAUCGUUGAGUUAUUGAGGUUUUACCGUAUUACGAUAAGUCAGUAAAAAUGGCUAUGGUACUGAUAGUAAUGUUAAUAGCUCACUCACCAAUUUAAUACUUUUUCCUAAAUAGUAAUCGGUUGCAAGACUUUUCAAGAUGUAUGUAUAUACCUUAUAUAUGUACCUUAUAUAUUAUGUAUAUACCUUAUGAAUAGACCUUAAGAGGUAAAUUUUCAAUUAAAAUGGACGUAAUUAAUAUUUAUAAUAAAAAUAAGUGGAAUACUGCCAGUUUUAUUGUGUUGUAUAUAUUAAUUUUUCUGUACAUUUGAUAGAUAAAUUGUGUAACCAAAACAUAUAUUUGAAUGAGAUCCACACCAGUCAGAUUUGUCCAUAGUUACCAUUAUUGUUCAGCAAAAAAUCUGCAUUUGAAUUUUAGUGGUUUUGUUUAAAUUAUUUUGGUAAUUUAAAAUAGCUUGCUCACACAAGGCUGUGGCGUCGGUGUGUGGCAACGUCACAACGUCAUGCCUAUUGCCAUGGUAAGAACAGAAAUAAUAAAAGUGUAAACACAAACAUUUCCUAUACUGUCCAUUAUAAAUUAGUGCAACAGAAGUUUUGGUUUGGAGGGAUAUGGUGUUGUCGCUUUUGUCUCGCCGCAGCCUUGUGUUAGAGUGCCUGUGUAUUUUAAAUUUAUUGUUCACACCUACUGAGAUAACUGGCUGGGUAGCUGAGUGGUUAUAGUGCUGGCCUACUAAUCAAAAGGUCGCCGGUUUGAUACUUAGAAAAGUCAGUAGCUUUUUAAUGGUUCGAAACUGGACCCAGCUGUUCCUGAUUGGGCUUUAAAUAAAUGAUCCUGGCUAAUGAAACAGCUGAUCUUAGUCAGUAACAAAGCUACAGAGAUCAUCUCACACCAUUCUACACUUAUCCUUCACUCAUAAUAUAUGGGCAUUAGUCUCGCGUGGAAUGUAUCACAUAAAACACGGGCUCUCUGAGAAUUAAGCCUAAUCUAACCCUACAAUCCAAUGAAGAGUAUUAUACUAAGAAGAAUUUAGAAACCUAAAUGUCGGCUUCCUAAACUUAUAAUCGUUUUAGCAUAUUUUUGUUUUGUUUUGUUUUACGUUACAAUGUUACCUAAAGGUUUGCUAAAAUGAUUUCAAAUAUCUAAUACUCCCUCCGCAGCAAACCUGCCGACUAAGACAAUUUCCAGUUGCCUGAAUUGAUUUUCAAUUAAAUGUAUUUAAUUAACAUUAGGUUUUAUGAGUACACAGGCUUGUUGCUACAGGGAGGGUAAAAAAAAAACUAUUUUUAGUAAAAUGUUAAUAACUUAGUAUAUAAUAAAUAAAUUUACGAAGUUUGAUCAAAAUAUAUCCAUGAACAAGAAUACUACAACAUUUUACAUUGUUUUUUAAGCUCUUUAAAAUGGUCUGGAGAGAAAUUGGGAAAUUUUGUGUUUAGAGGGUCAAAAAUGAGAAAACCCAAUUUUUACCCCAUAAAACCCCCCGUAAAACCCCAUUCACAUGGUCCGACCAUGCUGGUUCGCGAACUCAUUCAAGUUUAUCCCGCCUUACUUCUUCAAGCCAAAUUUCAUCAAAAUUGGACCAAAAUUACUCAAGUUAUCGUGUUUACGGACACACACACACAUUGUGCACAACGAAUUGUGCUUUUGGCCUCUGGGUACAUCAAAAUUAAAAAGUAAAUCGGUCCCGGGUCUAGGUCUUACCAUGAGCCCUUUGGUUAUAGCUACUUCCCUAUAGGGAAAUUCACUAAAAACCAAAACUUUUAUUGGUAAGUUUUUUUGGAUUGUGUCUUUGUAUUUAUGAAGCUGUAAAACUUGUCCUUUACAUUAAUUGUGGGCUAAGUGAAACUUUUUUACAUUUUUUUUUUAUUAUAUUAUAUUUUACUUGCUGUCAUGCUACUCUAUUCAGGAACAAAAAACAGCAGGGAACUGGGCAAUUGUAUAAAAUCAGAAAUUUUUAUCAGGUCAUGAUAGUUUAUGGCUAAAAUGGAUCUUCAUCAGGCUUUCACAUCAGACUUAUCACAGAGAAUUAAGAUACAGAGGAAACAUUCAAUGGUAAUGGUACACUUAAGUCGUGUCUAGCACCCGUUGCUCAUGUCUAGUGCAAAUUUGAUUGGUUGUCCCCUUCCCCCUCACCAUCACGUACUUCAGCGCUCACUCUGUAGGGAGAGCUACAAUUUCUUUUGGAAACAUUAGCCUUUCGGGUUUUUCCUUGCUUGGUACUAGUAUAUUUCUGCCCCACCAUUUCAGAGCUAAAAGUACAUGGUUGUUCCAUAAACAUGUUUCCUCUGUAUCUUACUUCUCUGUAGACAAAAAGAAAGUGGAAUACGAAUCCAAAAUGAAAUAGUGAGUAGCCUUGACUUUUGAUACUUAACUGUAUUUUAAUAAUAGUGAAUGUUAGUAUACUUUAUUCUUAAGGGUUGAAACCUAUUUUAUAGAACAGAUUUUAUUGGACCGCUGUAAUUUUGAUUUCCCAUGGUUUAAAGACUUAACUUUAGCCCUGAACUUUGGGUAUUCAGUGUAUUGAUGGAUAUAGGUUUAGGUUUACUAGCUUUAAGCUAUUGUUACCGUUACCCUAGUUUUAUAUUGAUCAUUUAGUGAAAAAAUCUGUGUUAUGUAUUUUUUAAUAUAAUAAAAAUAUAUGUUUGCUAAAAAUUGA